AGGCUUACGUAUCGGUCGUCCGGACUGGGCGCAUAGCGUUAUAUAUUAUCUCGGAUUUUUUCUUGAAACUGUCGGGUUUUUGCCGUUCCUGAGUUCUAUUUCUUUCGAGGAAAACUGUUUUGUGUUAAUAGUGUACGUUUUGCGAGAUUAUGGUAUGCGCCAGUGCGUGACGACCGAGGCGAGAUCACCCAGCCUGAUUCACAUUAAUUAUGUGAACGGUGACGAACCAUUUUAAGUGCGCGAUAACACGCCCGUUGUUCUCGGACAUCCAGGACAUUUUAUUAUUAGCCUGCAAAGAACUCAAGUGCGAUGCAUAUGUGCCGCUAAUAUAAAAUCAAUACUGAGUGAACUGUUAAUCCUUAGUGAACUUUAAACUGUUUUUAUUACCUGCAACAUAUUGUUUGUCGUUAAAUAUUAAUUGAUAACCGUGUCGUUCAGUUUCGUUGGACUUAUUAGUAACAAAAAAAUAUUUUUAACAAAAUGCUAAACUUGGCGGUCGUUUUUGAAUCUAGUGCAUGGUGCGUCCACUAGGCGGCGCUGCUCACAUAAAGACUUCGUGCGCUUGCGUGAGCUCAGUCCGCGCGAGCUUCGCGUCGUUGCAGUAGGUUCCAAAACAAGAGCGUAGGGCUCCGUGGGAGUCCCAAAAAUAAUAAAUUAAAUAAUCCCCGUGCUUGUAAAAGUGUCGCAGUGCAGUGUGCCAGUGUUGUGUUGUUUGGUGAUAGUGACGCGAAGCGGAGCUCGCGGCUCCGCCGUGUCGGCGCGGAUCGAUACGACGAAGUGGUAUGGCGCAGAGGACAUGAGCCAAGGAGGCUCAAGGAGGCCCUACUCGCGCGGGGGCCCGCGUUGGCACCCGCGCUACAAGGACUACUGGGACUACGAACAAAACUAUAGCGAUGGCAGCAGUGCCGGCAGUCCGAAAGAGGCGUGCGUGGCCGCGUCCCCGCCCCCCGCGCCCGCGCCUGUCAAGCGGGAUGUCCGUCACCAUCACCAGCAUGUGUCGCACCAGCAUGGACCCCAUGGACCUCAUCAGCAGCAUAUGCAUCAUGAGCAGCAUUCGAGGCCGUUGAGUAUAGGCGGUGGAGCUGGUGGGUCACGGCGCGCUGAGCGUCGCGCCGCCGGUCCCUCCGAGCGACGCCGCACAGAAAUGCGCGUGAGUCCCGGAGGCGCGGGUCCAUCAGCAGACCCGCCUCACAUGAUGCAUCAUCAUCACAUGGACACGAACCCUCUAGAAGGUUCAGUGGAAUCGAUGGUGAGCGGAGCCGGAUCCUCGGAUGGGGAACUGUCCUCCAAGGCCGGAGACAGCCCUAGCAGGAAGAGAAGGCGUAUAUCCAGACAUUUGUCAUCAGGAGAAAGUAACGUGUCGGUAUCGGCGCCCGCCGUCGAACGACGCACUCCCAGACACCAUUAUCAACCACCCCGGCGGAUGCGCUACGUGAACAACGGUGCAGGCGCGUGGGCGGAGCGACUGCUAGAGCCUCACGCUCAUCAGCCGCAUCCCGCUCAUCCCGCCCACCCCGCGCAUCCCGCCCAUCCCGCGCAUCCCGCCCAUCCGGCGCAUCCCGCCCAUCACACGCAUCAUGCGCAUCCCCAUCAUACGCCGCUGUUGCUUGAUAUUAACCAGAUGUCAGUACGUGGCACGCGGCUGGGCGCGCUGGGCGGCGUGGGCUGGCAUCCGCACGCGCACCGCGACCACGCGCAGCGCACGCAGGUGGCCGCGGGCGGCGUGGGAGCGCCCGAGCUCUGGGGCGCCGCCGUGCUGCCCCCGCUGCCGCACCUGCGCUACCAGAUGGGCGGCGUGUAUGCGGGCCUGCAGUACCACGGGAGCUUCGCCCCGCCGCCUCCGCCUCGUGGGCCUUUCGCCUCCCCGCCGCACCCUCAUACGCAUUAUAUUGCUAAUUCUCAGCGUGCUGAAGGCGGCCGCCUAGAGAUGGUGGGCGGAGGAGAAGGUACUCUUUCACCUCUACAACCCGCCACGGAUCUACACCAUGCCCCAUUACUGCUCGCCACUGAGGCGCGCGGAGCCCCACUGGAGCUAAUGGCGCCCCAUCACGCGAGACACGCUCUGUCACAUCACCACCAUCGUCGCAGCGGCGGUGGCGUAGGCGUGGGCGUGGGCGGCGGCGUAGGCGUGGGCGUGGUGGGCGGCGGCUCGCGGGCGCGGCCCUACGUGCGCCACGCGGCGCGCUGGCCGCAUCAUCCCAUACACCAUAUACACACGCAGGGCGGCGGCGGCCUCGUCGGCGCAGCAUUGCCGGCACAUGUGCAGGCGCAGUUGCACGUGGCACAACCGCUGUCGUUACCCCCUCCACCGCCUACUUACCAGCCGAGCCAGGCUGAACCUCUGCUGCAAGGCAUGAUAUCGCAGGCCACGCGAGCUCUGUCGCAUCAGGUGUUCCUAAACCUCCUAGCAAUGUUCCCCCUCUCUCCCUACGCGGAAGCCCGAACCACAAACGACGAAGGGACGGACUCAACGGAGCCCGAAAACUACGAGGCCUUACUGUCCCUCGCGGAACGCCUCGGCGAGGCCAAGCCGCGAGGCCUCGCGCGUCACGAGAUUGACGCCUUGCCGAGCUACAAGUUCGCUGCGGCUACGCAUAGGGGUGAACAGACCAGCUGUGUGGUCUGCAUGUGCGAGUUCGAGUCCCGGCAGACGCUGCGGGUGUUGCCGUGUGCUCACGAAUUCCACGCCAAAUGUGUCGAUAAGUGGUUGCGGUCAAACAGAACGUGUCCAAUUUGCCGCGGCAACGCGUCAGAAUACUUCAACAAUGCCGAGUGACUCGACACACAAACGCACAGACGGACAAAUUGUGCACUGCUACUCGUCAUCAUCCUCGCACCCGGAUAACUUAAAGCUAUGUUAUACGCGUAAGACACAAGUUUUGCAUACUGUUACUUGUCAUCGUUGUGACCAGAUAACUGGACAUUGCGAUCCCUACUCGUCAUCAUUGUGACGAACUUUGUAAACUACUCGUCAUCGUCGUGACCAGAUAACUUGUAACUAUGUUGUAUGCAUAAGAAACAUCCAUAUUAUGAUGUAGAAGUGACAAUUUCGGAGAUCCGUCGACAUAGUGACGAAUACAUUUUUAACACCAUUUUUUACCGAAUUCCCAAAAAGGAAGACGUUCUCAAUUCGGUUUUUUUUUCUUAAGAUACUUUCAUGUACGCUAAUAAUACCAAAUAAUAAUGCUUAAAAACAUGAAAACGUUUUUAUUGUAAACUCCUUAAAAUGUCUGCCAUUUUGGAUUUCGUGACGUUUUAAAAAUUCGUCGGAAUAUUUUUUCAAUUUAUUUAAAUUACCUAAAUGUCACUUCUAUAUGUUAAGUUUCAGCAGCGAAUGUCGCAGUGUCAAGUCUGUCAUGUGUGUCUGACACAAGUGUCAAUAUUAAUCCUUGUUGUGUACACGAAAAUUGAAAUUUCAGACCUGAAUGGUCUUACAUUAAGUGUGUACUUGUCUUAAUACCGAAUAUCGGGGUUUGAAUGAUAUUAUGAUUUUUUUGGACUUUCUAAAUUGAAACAUCAUGUAUAUGAGUUGUUUAUACAGUAUGUUGAAUUUUCAAUUUGUGUAUUUUUCGUAUACAGGCUGAUUUUUUUCGUGCUAUGUAAUUUUUGUAUACAGCGUGGACUUUUCAGUCUGUUUAAGAUUAAUAUACAGGUGGAUGUUUUCUUAACAUAACUUAAAAUAUACAGAAUGUUCAAAAAAUGUCAUAGUAUCGUUCGGAAACCGAGUUAAAUUAGUUACCGUGUGGUAGGUACCCUAACCACGACGUAUACAUAAUAAUAAUAAAUAUAUAGUUUGUUUGUUUAGUCGGCGGUGCCUGUAUAUAAUAUAAACUUAGGUUAUGUUAGUUGUGUGACUCUUACUAUAAAUAAAUUAGGUACGGUUUAGUUUUUUGAGUAUACUGAGACGCUGGUGUGUGGGUUUUUUUGGGUUUUUUCGUGCUCUGUGUGUUGGGUUUAACCGAGUUCCCAAAAAGGAGGUACUCAAUAACUUUGUCUUCAUUCAUGUCUAUUGAUAAUUCCAAAAAUGUUUAAGUAAUAAUGCUUAAAAAAAAUUAAAACGUUUUGUAAUUCAAAACUCCGUAAAAUGUCCGCCAUAUUGGAUUUCGAGUGACGUUAAUAGAUUUUCUAGAACAAAAUUACAUAAGGUCGAUUCAAAUCAUGCAGGUUUUAGUAAUAGGGUCCCGUCUUAAGUACCUAGUACUAUGAAAAAUCAAGCUAGUUGCAUAGUUGCAAAGAGUUGGGUCUCAUGGAGAAGAACCGGCAAGAAUCUCCAUAGACACUCUUAAUAAACCCUUUUAUUCACCUAGCCUUUUUCCAACUAUGUUGGGGUCGGCUUCUAUUUACAAUUAAUAUUCUAUCUCGACAUACAGAGCAUAAAAAACACCGAAAUAAUAAUAAUUCGCUAGGCAUGCAUUUGUUUUUUUUAAUAACACCUACCCUUUUGCCUGCUUAUUUCAUAUAACGGCCGGUCUCUCAAUCAUCAGUUAACUUCUAUCUGAGGAAUAGAUAUAGCGUAUUUUCUUUACAAAAGCUGUCGAAACUUCUAAUAUAUUCUUCAAAUUGAUAAAAUAUGAGUUUUUAUGUACUUCUAAGUAUAUCUUAGACGCCAAUGGCUGAUAAAAAGGCGAAGGAAAACAUCUUGAGGAAACCUGGACUAUAUAGUCCGAAAUCAGUAACCCGCAUUGAGCAAGCAUGGUGAUUAACGCUCAAUCCUUCUCCGUGUGAGAGGAGGCCGCAGCCCAGCAGUGGGACGAUAAAAAGGCUGUAAUAUAUAGAUUCUUCAGAUAGAAGUUAUCUGGUGUUUGAAAUAUCGGCUUUUAAAAUAUCAUUAAUUAAAUAGUCGCACUUCCAAUGCAUUCUACCUUAUAAACAUUCGGUUUGUAGACGGAUACGGGCGGAGAGGUUGUAUGUAGCAAAAAAACUACUUAACAUGUGUCCAAAUGUCAAUUAAUUUUUAUUUGUAUUUAAGUAAAGAAUUAAUUGUAUUGUAAAGCUGAAGAGUUGGUUUGUUUGAAUGCGGUAAUUUCAGUAACUAUUGGACCGUAUUAGAAAAAUCUUUCAGUGUUAGAGAGCUUAUUUAUCAAAGAAGGCUAUAGGCUUUUUAGGCUCGAGCAGACCGGAUGCGUAUGCGUAGACGUAAGCGUACACGUGCACGUACCACUGAGUUGUAAUGUAUAGAAAUGUAUGAGACCGGCCACACCGCUUACGUAGCGUAGACGUGCGCGCCGUUACGCAAGCGGUGUGGCCUGUCUCAUACAUUUCCAUACAUUACAACUCAGUGGUACGUGCACGUGCACGUCUUCGCAUACGCAUCCGGUCUGCUCGAGCCUUUUAUCUGUAUACGUGGAAUAGUUCCCACGGGAUAUAGGUGCAACUGCAAGCGGUGGAAAAAGUAACCUUCCUCUAUAAAUGGGCUAUCUGACACUGUAUCAAUUUUUCAAAUCGGACCAGUGGUUCCUUAGAUUAGUACGUUCAAACAAAAACACUCAAUAUUUUUAUAUAUUUCUGGGAAAACUACUCCAUAAUAUUUAACGUGUUUUAUCUACAGCAACCUCUUGGCCCAGUUGGGCGCCAACAGCGCGGCGGUUUGGUUUGCUCGUGCAAUAUAAUAUCUAUUACUGUUGAAAUAAAACACAUAUUAGCUCCAAUACGUCCCUCGUGUGAUUUGCACUACUAGUGAAAAGUCUAAAAAAUAUCAUAAUCGCCAUUCUUACCUUUUCAAAUUAGUUCUUGAGUAUAAUUUUUUUUUUUAAAUAGUUUUUUAUCCAAAUUUUACUUUUCCGUGGGGUGUCAAAAGUCGGACCAUAUACAAGCUUUAAGAAUUCUUGAUUAUCAAUUAAUUCUAGAUUGUAAUAAAUAAGAGUAUCUAUUCAUUUGACCGAGAACAUUUGAGUAGUACAAUAUUUAAACUUUUUAAUAAAAAAGUAAUUAUCUUCUAUCUAUUAUAGUAUAUAUCUUCAUCUACGUGCUAAUUAGUUGCAUAUCAGUUCUAACAAAAUUUCGUUUAAAUAAAGACACCCAGCCAGCCAGCUGCGCAGGACAUAUUACAGUGCACGCACAUUAGCUUGUACUGCGGUGCACUCACUACUCCUUCACUCUCAUGGCGCGAUGCGACGACAAGCCGACACCACCGGAGAGAGAUCACAAGCAGGACCGACAUUAAGGGUCCGUUCAGAUAGACCGGGUCGGAUCGCAUUUCGAGUCGAGCAUCGGCGCGCAUUUUUCUUUUCACACAGACUGGAGCCGAUCGGCUGCACGAGCAUUAAAGAGCAUGCAAACGGAGCCAAACGUCAAGAAAAAAUACACGAUCGGAGCCGGUCGGCUCCUCUUAUUAUUUCACACCAAGCGGUUUCGAGCAUUCUCAAUGAAAAAAGCAGUGCGCAUGCAAAAAUAAACCUUACUUCAAAUACUAAGUACUUAAUUUUCAAUGUGUUAAAAAUUUGCUCUGCUCUCCGAUCUGUCUGAACGGACCCUAACGUGCGACACGAUUCACGGGUGUAGGAAUCACCAACUUCUAGAGACCCAUUUUCUUUAAAUUAAGAAAAAAAUGGUUUUAAAGAUUUUUUUAUUAGUAUUUGCUUUAUCACUGAGGGACAAAUAGACACAAUUUUGUGAAGAAAAUGGCGUUUAUUUGUGUACUGAUUUUUACUUAAAAGCUGUCGCUCUUUCACUAUCUGCCUAGUCUUUUCUCAAUGCAAGAAUGUUGCUGAGUUCCAAAGUUUUACAUAGGUAUCUAACCACCUCAACCCAAUUACCCGGGCAACUUGAUACAAUUUCAAAACUGGUUGUCAGACUUACUGGCUUCUGUUUACCCGUAACGACUGCCAAAGAUGUUCAAAUGACAGCCGGGACCCACAGUUUAACGUGCCUUCCGAAACACGAAGUAACAUGUCGUGAAAUAGAUGUUACUGAGAAAAGUAAUAUUUUAUCAGUCUUCUAUGAGUGAAAGAACGGUAGCUUAGUUUAAUCAGUACACAAUAAAUAUAUAGGUGUUUUAUCACACGAAAGCGGUUAAGCCAUGCUGGUGUGUAAAAGUACAUACAUAUUGUGUUUGUAUGACUCAGCGACUCGACCAUUACUGAGCGCUCCCGAGCUUAAGCAUACAAACACAAUAUGCAUAUAUACAGAGUGUGUCGUACCUAAUCACAUUAAAUUAAAUACGUUAAUAUACUGGUGAAUAUAUGUCGAUUACCAUAAAAAAAAAUACGUAAAAAUUACUUUUUCCAAACAAAGUAAAUAAUUAUAAUAAAAAUGUGUGAGAAUUAGAACACCAUAUAAAGUCAGUCAUUACAAAUAACGGAAAUUCUCCCUUGAAAACUGACAGCUGUCAACUGGUCAAAACAUUCGAUACUCCAAACUUUAUCUCUGCUUUACACAUGAUGUUGUAAAUUAUGAAAACUACUGAAUGAAUAAGGUUUUUUUUUACAUUUCGACAUAGAAUAUUAUAUAGUAUAUGUGAUAGGAUUAAAUGUGAUUAGGAAUGACACACACGAUAUUUACAUACACAAAUACGACUCACCUGCUGUCGUGAGAUAAAAUAUUUAUGCCAUUUAUUCACAAUGUUAUAAUUUUAUUUCUUUAUAAAACGAGACACCACACAAGGAAUGUUAAGAUUGCUAUGUCUUCCAUUUACUUUAUCAAUGCUUGAAGGUUGAAUGUAAUAUAUGAAUAGUAUGUGAAUCGCUUGGUGACCAAGUAUUUUAUGUCAGGAGACAGAUAGAGAAAUAGGUAUUUUUUUGGAUUUUUCAAUGAAAUUAUAGGCAGUUAAUUCAAGGUACACAAUCUUGAUAGGAUGUUACACAAAUACAUAUUAAUUAAACAAAUAAACUACCUCUUAAAAUAAUGGACUAUGUCUGAAAUCAGCAACCCGCAUUGAGCAAGCGUGGUGAUUAAUGCUCAAUCCUUCUCCGUGUGAGAGGAGCCCGCAACCCAGCAGUGGGACGACAAAAAGGCUGUAACAGUAAAAUAAUAGUUCAAUUGAUUAUGUUAUUCUUAUUAUUGUUUUAAAAACUUCUAUUUGUGAUAAUAACGUUUUUUUUUUUGCUUCAGAAUUACAAAGUCCUAUGCAAAUGUUGUCAUGACAUAAAGACUUGGUCUUGUAUACGUGUAUUCUAAAUCGAAUUUGGAUAAUUUGUAUCGGAUUUUUCUUUCUUUCUUUCCAAAACGAUAAAUAAAAUUGUUUAAGCCUUGUUACUGCUUAACAUCCCCUUGGUAAGUUCUUAUAAACGUGAAAAAUAUAAAUAAUUUUGAUUCUAGUUGCCCAUUCCAAAAGUAGCUUCCUAUGGAGAAGAACGGGCAAGAAACUCCAGUUGGUCAGUUUUGUAUAAAAUUUCGUUCUUUUUUAUCCACUAACCUAUAUAUUCUUCAUCUUAUUGCCUACUUACAAAGUUACUUGUGGUUGGCACAAUAUGGUGCCCUAUUUCAUUCCUUUGUCAGACUCUAUACUUAUAUCAUUAGGUUAUCCAUAUUCAAGGGAAACCCACCAUAUCAUCUAUACUAAUAAUAUAAUACAGAGAAAAAUAGUAUGUUUGUACCCUAAAACCUCCGAAACUACAGAAUCGCCAUGAAAAAUUCUUUCACUGUUGGGGCGCUACACUCUUCCCGAGUAACAUAGGCUAUAUUUUAUCCCGGUACGGGCAGUAGUUCCCACGGGGUAAUUCAGCUAGUACAAAAUAAUUCGAUUUAGUAUACAGGUAUACAAAAGUGUGGUGUCGCGUUAUUCAAUCGGUAUAUGCUUGUGUGUGUGUUAUGCAUGUGUGCUAAGGCGCUUCGAUACGAAAACAAAAUGGCGUAUUUUUAUUUUAUUGGAUAUUGAUGAAAUUUUAUUAUUAGUAAGCAUUUUUUUUCUGAUAUCCGAAAAAAAACUUGAUUUAAUCGCAAUUUUUUUUGUCUAAUUUUUGGCAUAUUUUAAUAUAGUUUGUGUUUUUUUUUUAUUCACUUUAAAUGAAAUUGUUGUUUUUAUAUGAAAUUUUCGUGUUUUUCGUUAUAUUCGUAUCGGAGCGCCGGUGAGGUAUUCUAUUAGUGUUGCUAGCCAAUGUUUUUUCUUAUUAAACGUACUACAUAUAGUCUUGGUUUGAUAAUUUUACAAGAAAAUAUAUGGGUGUAUAAAUAUAGGCCUUUAUUUUUUUUUAACCUUCUAUAACUCGGUAACUAGUAAUUUUCGAGGUAUGUCGUAAAAGAACAAACAUGUUGUUAGAAUGAGCUUAAUAAGAUUCUAGAGUUUUUCCAAAAAAUAAAAUUUCACCCAGUAUAGUUUUUGCAAAAUUAUUGGUCCUAGUUGUUUGCCUAUCUUUCAUUCCAUAACAAUCUUAUAUAUGAUUAUUAUUAACUGAAUUGGACUAACAGAAAUGUACAAUAGUUAUUUGCACACUGAGCGACUAAGCAGCGCGAUUGUAUCGCAACAGUUGCGCCUCUAUAAAGGUGCGUUUUGAAUGCUGGCUCUGCAUGCAACUGCCGCGUGCAGCAGCAAAUCGUACCUUUACUACGUUUAGUAUUUUGUUGUUUUUGUAAUAAUAGUUUUUACAUACUAUUUUGUUGUGUCGGUGAAUGCGUGUUUUUUCAAAAUCGAAGUGUGCAAUUUGUUAUCAAUUUACUUUAAGUUUUUUUUUUCGGUUUUUCGGUUAAAUAGGCGUGAUGACAGGGUUAAAAAAUAGUGAUUCAAAUUAGUCCGUCUUUAAGGUUACCAAAAAAUAUUGGACACGUAUUUUUUAUUUUUAUAAAACAUCAACCGUCUUACCACAAAAACUUUUUAACGUCAGUUUAAGACUUGUCUAAAAAAAUGUCAAAUUAUGACGUUGACAUAAGGUUCAUUUUGGAGCCACAUUUUUUUUAGACAAGUGUAAAACAGUUGUUAAAGUUUUUGUAGUAAGGCCAUAUAUAUUUACACAGAUAUAAGGCAUUAAAGGUUGGGAGUAGGCCGUAUUACGUCACUCUUAUGUAAAAUUUGUACCCAAAAGUGACUUAACAAAAAACUAAAUCGUGUUAUAUCUUCGUUGUUAUUUGUUUGUGAGAGAAAAGAAAAAAUACUCGUCCAUUAUUUUAGGCUUAUCUAAAAGACAGACUAAUUAGUUUUUUUUCAUGAUUUUUUCGCCAUGCCUAUUCUAAAUGUUUCAAUCGCGCCUGCUAAGUAUUUUUGUCGAAUGUUGCAAAGUUUGUAAACUUCCUUAUAUUCUUAAAUCUCGCUUGUAUCAUAAUUGUUUGUAGACGAAAUGCAAUAAUUAUUUUGUAAUUACAAUUAUUUUUUAUGUUAUGUGAGCGUUUAGCGGCUGACUGUUUUAUAUGCAUCUUAUAAUCUUCAAAUUUUUAAACUAAGCUGCAGGUUUAAUCACCUAACAAGCCCUAGUGUCAGAGUUUUCUCAAAUCCGCCUGACGGCCUCUGACGUGGAAUUGUAACAACGACUGCUACUGAGUAGCAUUCGGGGUCGCUUAACGUGCCCUCCCAGGCACGGGUGUGUAAUACCGACAACUUCCAGACUCUAGGCUUCCUUUCGUAAGUUUCUAAGACCCUCAAAACGAAAAAAGGAACGCCCUUAUACGCCUUUAGGACCCCGCCCACUUUUUUGUAAAAGCAAAAUUCUUCGAUAAAUAUCUCCAGGAACCCGAACGCCUCGUUAGUUAACUGUUCGUUAUGGAGACGACCACAUUAUGUCCUUCUCCCAGGUCUAAUUUAAGCUACCUUACCAUUUAAUCAGUCAUUCUUGAGUUGUUAACACGACUUUUUCAUAUAGAUAGAUAUUUAAUAUAAACAGUUGGUCGCUCUCGCUGUGUGCCAUGUCAAGUCGCUUCCGAUGCGGUCUCUCCGCGCUGUUUUUUGUAUAUUUUACACCCUUUUCUAUAUACACGAGUACAUAAUGUAUCUUAAACUAAGUAUAUAACACGAAAAAUAUAUUAUUUCACUUAUUUUAGGGAACAAUUUCAAAUAAUAUCGAAUAGUAGAUAGGGAGUCGUGGUGGCCUAGUGGGUAAAGAACCAACCUCUCGAGUACGGUCAGGCAAGUACCAAUACAACUUUUCUAAGUUUGUAUGUACUUUGUAAGUAAUCUUAGACACCACCGAUAAAAAGGUGAAGGAAAACAUCUUGAGGAAACCUGGACUAUAAAGUCUGAAAUCAGCAACCUGCAUUGAGCAAGCGUGGUGAUUAACGCUCAAUCCUUCUCCGUGUGAGAGGAGGCCGCAGCCCAGCAGUGGGACGAUGAAAAGGCUGUAACAGGAACAUUAAUUAGGGAAUGAAAGCUUACUACUAAAGUUGGUAAUAAUGUCACUCACUCACAAUGAGCAUAGACGAGCUUUUUUGUUCUUUUAUGAACCUACCAAAAAUUUGAACUGAAGUUUUUCACUUUUUUUACCUACUUUUCAAAGAGGAGGUUCGUGUAUACUUAAGAAUAAAAUGCAAUAUGUACUUGUGUCUAUACCUGCGAGGUUAUGAGUAAUUAAGGGAAGCAAUAGAAUAAAAAUUACAUGAAAAUAUGAUGUUUUGAAAUCUUAUAAAUGAAAUUAAGUUUGGUAAGAAAAAAUCGACCAAUGAUAGCACACUUUUACUGUAUUAAUCAAGCAAUUUUCAAAGUUAAAAGAAAAACGGUUUUUUUAAACUACUUAUUAUUAUAUAUUCCCUGACUGCUCCCGCCUCGAUUCCUCUACAUUAUAUAGUUAGUUACUUUUUAGUUUAGUUCUUGUUAGAGUAAAUUUUUAACGUGCAUUUUUUCUAUACGUUAAGGCUUAGCGUACACGGCAGUGGCACAGCAACUUUUUGUAGCGCAACUGUUGCCCAACUGUAGGGCGAUAGUUGGGCGAUUGUUGCGCCACUGUCGCUCGUACGACUGUUAGGCUUCUUCCAUGAUAGUAUAGGGUUUUGUUCACGCCUGGUUAUGUUUUAUAUUUGUUAACUAACGGAUCGACAGUUUUUCUAUGAAUUAUUCGAUAAUCAUCAAUAACGAAGGAAAUUUAUUUUAAUCUAACACUAAGGAAUAAGAACUUCUAUCGGCCGCUUCCAAUAAUCUAUCUGUUGAUUCUAUUUCUAGUAUACAUAUCAACAGAUAAGAUAUUAGGAACGUGUUUUAAACAAAAUAAGCUCAUAAUUGUGUCAGAGAUUUUGUAAGGCAAAGAAAGCAUAUUGUAUCAUGCUAUAACAGCUGUCGAUCCAACUUUUUGUUGCUCAAUAUGUAUUUCACUUUAUAUUUUAAACUCUUUAUAUUAUAUUACUUAUUAUUGUCUAUAAUCUUGCGUUGUAUAACAGUUUUCACCACCUUCUAAGCUUGCAUGUUGACAGCUGUCAUAUCUGACAUUGACAAGUUACAAAACCUGUUUAAUCUAAAAAUUCCGUUUUUCGAAGUGACAGUUGUCAGUGAGAUCAAGUGACGUUGACAUGUGUCAGCGCGGUGAUGUUGACAGGUGUCGGUUAUGUCAUAGUGACAUUGACAGGUGUUGCUAACCGCAAAAUUGUCGCGUUCCGUGGUGAGGUCGCUUUCCGUGUCCGCCAGCCAUUUUACCAAAGCAUUGUAAUACAUAGAAGUGUAAUUUACUGGUGACCGAUCGAGACGCUAAAAACAUGGCCUUAGAACAAAGAAUAAUGUAGCAUAUAAAGUAUUUUUUAACCUAAACUUGUUUUUAAAUUCUACCAUUUUAGUUUUUUUUGUCGUCUGGCAACCCUGUUUGAAAUGUCAUGCGUCAGCGUCUCGUCGGUAUUUCAGUCCGCCUUGAUGUGCUCAGUCGUUUUAUUUUAUUAAAUGCACUGCUAAUGUA